CUCUUCCGCCCCGUUGUUUACUGCUGAAGCGGAUCUGCGGCUGGGUGAGAUAAGAGGACAGCAUUUAAUAACGGUGCAGAAGGAAGAUGUGGAGGUGAAUCCCGGAGCUCGCGGGGUGAAUAGAGACUUUGCACAGCUGAUCUUGGGCGAUCGAUUUAGGCACCAGUUUCCCAGGACCAGCUCCCUGCCCCACACCAUGGCUUUCCCGCCCCCCAGCUCCCAGGGAGGCCCCGCCCUGCUCGAGCCUGAAGAGAAACCACAGAGACACCUACUGGAGCAGGCUGGUACUGCACCCCAGGACACGGACGGAGGAGGAGAGGUGGUUGAUGGGAAGGCGGAGGAGCAGCGUGACGCAGAGGAGCAGGGCGGAGCCCGGGAGGAGGAAGAGGAGGAGGAGGAAGAGGAAGAGGAAGAGGAAGAGGCCGAGGAAGUAGAUCCGGUCCGUGUCCUUACGCUGCCCCUGCAGGCGCAUCAUGCUAUGGAGAAAAUGGAGGAGUUCGUUUUCAAGGUGUGGGAGGGCCGAUGGCGAGUCAUCCCUCACGACGUGCUCCCUGAUUGGCUGAAGGACAAUGACUUUCUGCUGCAUGGGCACCGCCCUCCCAUGCCGUCGUUCAGAGCCUGCUUCCAAAGCAUCUUCAGAAUGCAUACAGAGACAGGCAACAUCUGGACACAUCUCAUCGGCUGCUGCUUCUUCCUGGUCCUGGGGAUCGGCUACAUGUUUAGCCCCAACAUUAACUUUGUGUCCCCGGUACAGGAGAAGGUUGUGCUCGGCAUGUUCUUCCUGGGAGCUGUGAUGUGCCUGUGCUUCUCCUGGCUCUUCCACACCGUCUACUGCCACUCCGAGAAGGUCUCCCGUACCUUCUCCAAACUAGAUUACUCUGGUAUUGCUCUCCUAAUCAUGGGCAGCUUCGUCCCCUGGCUGUAUUACUCCUUCUACUGCUCCCCUCAGCCUCGCCUCAUCUACCUGGUGAUCAUCUGUGUGCUGGGGAUCACAGCCAUCGUGGUGUCUCAGUGGGACCGCUUCGCUACCCCCCAGUAUAGAGCCGUGCGCGCAGGGGUAUUCCUGGGGCUGGGGCUCAGCGGCUUGGUGCCCACCCUUCACUUCAUGUUCUCCGAGGGUUUAAUCCACGCCAUCACAGUGGGACAGAUCGGCUGGCUGUUCCUCAUGGCGAUCUGCUACAUCCUGGGAGUGGCCCUGUACGCAGCCCGCAUCCCAGAGAGAUUCUUCCCUGGCAGGUGUGACAUCUGGUUCCACUCCCAUCAGAUCUUCCAUGUGCUGGUGGUGGCUGGGGCCGUGGUUCACCUGCACGGGGUGUCUCAGCUCCAGGCUUUCCGCUCCUCGCUGGGAGGGGGAUGCACUGCGGACACCAUGCUGUGAGGACCAGCGGCAGCCAGCCAGCCAGACAGACAGCAUCUCAGACACGGCAACAGACCCUCUCUCUCUCUGUCAUUUAAAAGAACUGCGAGAGAAUCCGGGAUGGGCGAGUCUGCUCCAAGGUAACCCGAUUUGAGAAAGUCCUGGGUGGGUAAUGUUUUUCAACUACCCUGGGUGGGGGGAGACGACUUACGUACCCUCUCCUCUGUGCAAUAAAAAUAUUACAACGCUCAACUCCUCUCUGAAAAGUACCCCCCCCCCCCCCCCCCCCCCUCUUAUUUCCAUCCGUGUUUGCCACGUGCUUUACUGUUUAGACAAUUGAUUGUUGUCCCUCACAAAGUGACAAAUUGUUGAAAAGACGCUGUGAUGUUUAUUCCGAGAACUGUGAUUGGUUGAUUAUGUAACGUUUCUUGCUAACCCACCUAUCACAAGGCUUUUCUACAUGUGUAACCAGUCAUACACAUGCAGAUGGUUCCACAGCUUUUGAUUAGCAUUAAUGUAGCAUUUUUUUCCACUGCUAAAUAAUCCUCUCUCCCUAGGUCUCCCCCCCCCCCCCCCCCCCCCCCCCCCCUUUUAAGGUGGUUUUGACUACCUUUUUGAUUCGAUGUUUCUCUCGUGCAAUUUAAAAAAAAAAAGUUUUUACAUACCUCUCCGUAAGCUGAUGUAUUCUGACACAUGAGCUACCUUGUGGAAAAAACAUAUUUUUUAUGUUAAUUUUCGUCUAUAAUCCAUAUUUUAUUUUACAUGUUGAAAA